AACUUUAGGGUGAGAACUCAGAAUUUGGGUGAACUCUGAAACCUUGAGUUUAUUUAUUGUCGUUAAACGUUUUGAUUGUCGUUCACAAUCUCCACUUGAACUUGGGAGUCACUUGCUGAGUUGCUGUUGGCUUUGAUUCAUAGAAUGGCGGAGAGGCCAAGCCGAGCUCUGGUUUUGUACGGAGAUGGGUUGGCUCGUUUCGUCAAUCCGUCAAACACCCAUUUCCACUCUCUCGCUUCCAAAGCUUCCUGCGGAUUCUUGAGCCUCCCCAAUGCUCCUCCCUCUGGUUAUUUUUCUCUCCUUAUUCUCUUUCUGAUUGUGGCUUCCAAUUCUAGCUUGUGGGUUCAAUCAAGUUUUCUUUUUUAUCAUGCUCAACGUGAUGAAAUAAUAUUCUUGAUUGCAGAAAGCGAGGAUGAAAGAAUAGUUAGGGAGUUUGCAGUACUGGUUGAUGCAUUUGAAGCUCACACUAAUACAAGUGGUAGUACCACUAAAGAAGAUAGUGGGGAGGAAACUAACAUAUCUAAAAGGUUCAUGGGGAUGAAAGCUGCUUUGGUUACAAACAAUGCCAGCUUGAAGUCUUUUGGUACCAAACUUGGUUUCAGCGUGUUGCCAAAUGAUGGUUUUAGCAAAAGCAGUGAGCCCCAAGGCGAGCUUUCAGUUGAUUAUAUGGCAUCAGAAUUGCUCAAGUUGCUUGGAUUCCAAGAAGGAAAGACACUGGAGUCGAGUCAAUAUGAUUUAGUGUUUGUGCAUGUUGGGGCUGGUGAGGUGAAUGUUAAGAAUGACAAGGCUAUUGCUGAUGAUGUGGAAUAUCCCAAUGCUUUGUUUGGUGCUAUAAUGAACAUAGCCAAACCUGGAACUGAAAUCAGUCUUCGUUUGCACUUGUCUGCUGUGAUGAGCUAUGGGGGUACUUCAGAAGAAGAUGAUGUCAACUUUUCAUUUUCAGUCAGUAAAGAUAGUAACAACUCUAAACUUUCAAAGCUCGUUCCUCAUCAAAGUUAUACCAUGAAAGGAGAACUUCCUCGGAAGGAUGUUAGGCACCAUUCUCCAAUGUUACUGGCCCAGUGGCAGCAUGCUGUGACCCGCAAGGACAUGGUUGAGACAUUCGCUUUCAAAGAUAUCAAGGAGCAUGGCGGAAAUCUUGUAAUACCGGCGGAUAGAUUUUUGCACGAAGUAGCCUUCAAACUUUGGAAGGCCCCUAAAUAUGGAGCAUAAUUAUAAAUUUCUUACAGACCAUGGUGUGCAUGAAUACUCAAUAUGAACACUGGAGAUAAACGCGAAGGGCAGAGCUGCUCUUUGCUGAUCUAAUAUGCUGUACUAAAGCUUUUCAAUGUAAAACUUAACUUUCCCAUAACAUUAUAAUUACAGUACAUGCUUGACAGUGUACAAUUUUGAUGGAAUGUGUUCUUUUGAUAUAUUUUCUUUCUCUCCAGCGUUGAUAUAACAUUUUGUUUAUCUGGGUU